CAAACAUGGCAGCGCCCUGCAGACUCCGCUGCACUCGCGAUAUGCCUACCUGUUGUUCAGUGUUAUGACCGUGAAGUUGGCUAGAUGACAUUUAGACAGGAUGUCCAAAAUAGUGGUAAUCUCUCAGUGAUUGAGUUCAUGAUUCAAGGGUAUAUUUGAUACACAACACCACGAAAAGUAUGGCGUAUGUUAGCUGCAGUAGGCUCAGGUUUGUGAUUUCAUCUUGGCAGAACACAAGCAGCUGUUGUGGGACCAGAAUAUUAAACCCAUUGCGGUCACAUUCAUCUUUAGGUUCAAAUAACUCGUCCAUAAGAACCUUCAAAUGGAAUUUAUCAAAGACGAGGACUAAACUUAUUCCUGUGCGAUAUUUUCAAGGAGGUCGCAGAUGUUUUGCCAAAGCCAGAGGACCUUUCACUCGAAACAGCAACAUUACAUCAUCGCCCAUUAAUGGAAAAGUAACGCGAAUACCCAAGGCUUCAGAAAUUAAAAGGUUGCUCUCUUUAGCCAAGCCAGAAAAAUGGAGACUUGCUGGUGCUAUUGGUCUGUUGUUGGUAUCCAGCGCAGUGACAAUGUCCAUCCCUUUUUGUAUUGGCCGUGUAAUAGAUACAGUGUCCAGUUUGAACUCAGAGGGAGAAAUGACUGACCAGCUGACCAAUAUUGCUAUUUUUCUCACUGGUCUAUUUCUGGUUGGAGCUGUGGCAAACUUUGGGAGGGUGUAUUUGAUUCAAAUCUCAGGUCAAAGGAUAAUCAACACCAUGAGGCAGUCAGUUUUUGCGUCAAUUCUCAGACAAGAAACUGCUUUCUUUGACAAAAGUAAAAGCGGUGAGCUGAUUAACAGACUGUCAGCAGACACAACAGUGGUUGGCUCCUCUGUCACUCAGAACGUGUCUGAUGGGUUAAGAGCUGUGGCACAGGGUGUGGGAGGAAUUUCAAUGAUGGUUUAUGUUUCACCCAAGCUAGCUCUAGCAGCUCUAGUCACAGUCCCACCAGUGGCUGUAGUGUUCAUUAUAUAUGGCAGGUUUCUGAGAAAGAUUACCAAAUCUGUCCAAGAUUCUCUGGCAGAGGCUACACAGGUUGCUGAUGAAAGGAUAAGCAACAUGAGAACAGUCAGGGCAUUUGCACAUGAAAAACUUGAAAUGGGAGCAUACAAUAAAAAGAUACAACAUGUUUUAGACCUGUCCUACAAGGAGGCAAUGGCCAGGGCAGUUUUCUUUGGCUCUACUGGUUUAGCGGGCAAUGGUCUUGUCUUGUCUGUUUUCUAUGUUGGUAGCAGAAUGAUGCAUGAUUCACAAAUCACUGUUGGAGAUUUGACAUCAUUUCUAAUGUAUGCCUUCUAUAUAGGAAUAUCACUGUCAGGUAUGAGUUCAUUUUAUUCGGAGUUGAACCGAGCACUUGGAGCAAGUACAAGGAUAUGGGAAAUAAUUGAUAAAACUCCUACAAUUCCAAUUUCGGGCGGGUUAAUCCCCAGUGUGCCACUGGCGGGGAACAUUGUAUUCAAAGAUGUCAGCUUUAAUUACCCAACCAGAGAAGAUGCUGUGAUAUUCUCUGGUCUUGACCUACAGAUCCCAGCAGGGUCUGUUAUGGCUGUGGUAGGGCCUAGUGGCUCUGGGAAAUCCACUCUGGCUGGACUGUUCCUCAGGCUUUAUGAUCCACAGAAAGGUAGUAUCACCCUGGAUGGUACUGAUACCACACAGCUAGACCCAGAGUGGUUGAGACACCAGACAGGCACUGUCAGCCAGGAACCCAUUCUGUUCUCCUCCACAGUGAGGGAAAAUAUAGCGUACGGCGCCGUGGACCCAGAAUCUGUCACAAUGGAUGACGUGAUUGCUGCAGCAAAGAAAGCAAAUGCACAUUAUUUUAUCCAGGGCUUCCCUCAGGGGUACGAGACUGUGGUUGGGGAGAGGGGGCUGAUGUUGUCAGGUGGGCAGAGACAGAGAGUAGCCAUUGCAAGAGCUAUACUAAAGAAUCCUAAAAUAUUACUGCUGGAUGAAGCCACAAGUGCUUUGGAUGCUGAGAGUGAACACUUGGUUCAGGAUGCACUUGAGAAGCUGAUGGUAGGACGCUCUGUGAUCACCAUAGCCCACCGCCUGUCCACCAUUAAGAAUGCAGACAGGAUAGCGGUGCUGGACGGAGGAAAAGUUGUAGAACUUGGUUCAUACUCUGAGCUCACUCAGUUAUCUAAUGGAGUGUUCAGGAAGCUGGUGGAAAGACAGGCCAUUGUGAUUGAUGAUGAGAGUCUACAAAGCUGAUGUCUGCAUUGGCUUUAAGCAGUUGCCUUCAAGUGUCUUGCAUUUGGACAUUUUCUAUUUAAAUAGUGGUUUUUAUAGUCAAGUUUUACUGCUGGCAUUGGUUUUUAUUUGCUUUUCAGCAAAUUAGUACUCCAUUUGAGGUAAUAAGGUUAUCAAUC